AUGAAAUAUGCCACGUGUAUUCCUAGUACCUGCAACCAAGAAGAUCUCGUUAAUUUAUUCAAUCAAGUGUCUGACCUCCCAUACACUGCCUGCCGGAGCUUCUGUGCAAAUUUUGAUGUUGAGAAAGGAGCGUCAUUCUGGAUUUUCACCAUAUUUCUUACCGCCUAUGUUAUUUUCGCCGUUUUUGCGACUGUUUUCGAUUUUUUCCGCAGUGUCUAUUAUGAGCAAGAAGCUUCGGACGAGACCAAUUCAAAAAUUCGUGCGAUUCUGGCAUUCUCAUUCUGGACAAACGCCGAGACCAUAUUGUCGGUGAAAGAACACAAACCUACCGUUAUUCGCUGCAUGGACUGUCUAAGGUUUUUGACUAUGUGCUGGGUCAUUAUCGGCCAUUCACUUAUAAUGUUCACUAUGGGAGAUUCCAUUGAACAUAUUCAAGAAGUUCCGAAAAUAAUUUGGAGUCAGUUGUUGCUUAGCGCAGCCGUAGCGGUUGAUACAUUCUUCGUUAUUUCUGGCACCCUAUUGUCUUAUGCGUUCUUUCGGAAUAUUCCCGACUUGGCACGCUUACGAACAUGGAUAAUUUACUAUGUUCACCGUUAUCUUCGGAUUACUCCAGCAUUGAUGAUUUUUCUUGGUUUUUUUGCUGUUUAUACUCCAUAUAUUCAAGGACCAGUGAUGGCUUCACAAUUUAAUGGUCAUGUAAUGCAGGCCAAAGGCUGCGAAACCUCAUGGUGGCGUAAUAUGCUGUAUAUCAACAAUUUUGAUGCCGACCUGUGCUACUAUUCGACCACAUGGUAUCUUGCUGUCGACAUGCAGUUAUAUAUAACGGCCCCAAUAUUUCUCAUACUACUUUAUUUCUCAUUUUACGUCGGAGCAUUUUUUAUGAUAACUUGCACUAUGGCUAGUUGCACUGCAGUUUACAUAUUGUAUGCGAAAUAUGAUUUACCGGCGGAUUUAGUGGGAAAUGGAAAUAUUGUAUACUUAUUUUCGAUGAUGUACUCGAAACCUUGGAUCCGUUGCCCGACGUAUUUCAUGGGACUUAUCAUUGGAUACUUAAUUGCGUUCUAUGGAGGCCGCAAAAUUGAACUUAGCUCUAAAUUAACAACCUUCUUUUGGUUUUGCUGUUUUACAAUUAUAUAUUUGGUGAUUUUUUCUAAAAUUGAGUAUGACCGGGGCGAAUAUUGGAGCGUUGUCACACGAGCCACAUAUUUCAACUUCUCCAGAAUCGGCUGGGGAGUUGCGAUUUGCUGGAUUAUUAUGGCAACUCAUUUUGGAUGGGGAGGAUUUAUUACUAACAUACUUUGUCACCCAAUAUGGCAGCCACUUGGAAAGUUAUCUUACUCGACUUAUAUUAUUCAUUGGAUGGUUAUUUUGUAUUUUAUAAAUACAUUUAACCAGCCACUGCAUUAUGCAAACUUGAAAAAUGUGUACCUUGCUUAUUCGGUGCCUUCAAUUUGUUUAUGCUUCUUUCUCGCUUUCUUCUGGAGUUGUUUGUUCGAGCUUCCCAUCAUAAACCUGGAAAAAAUGCUUUUUGCGCCUAAAAUUUCGAAAAGCAUUUCUGAAGAAACGGAUGCCCUUCCUCCUGAAGAUAUUGAGGUUAGUCUUGAUGAUGAGGAGUUAGAGGACCCGGAUGAAAAAUCACUGAGAACAUUGACCAAGACAGCCGGUAAAAAUGUCAAUGUGCCUGUGGUGUUAUGGCAUGGAAUGGGUGAUUUUUGCUGUAAUCCGUUGUCGAUGGGCUCCGUGAAGAAAUUAUUAGAACAAGAGAUUCCCGGCGUCUAUGUGCACAGUUUACAGCUUGGAAGCUCAUACUCGAAAGAUAUUGAGCAUGGUUUCUUCGCCAAUGUCAACGAACUUGUCUACAUGGCUUGUGUAAAAAUCCAGAACGAUCGAAACCUAAAAUAUGGAUAUAACGCGAUCGGAUUUUCGCAAGGCGGCCAGUUUAUGAGAGCUGUGGCACAGAGAUGCCCGAAUCCUCCAAUGAAAAACUUAAUUUCAAUUGGCGGACAGCAGCAAGGCGUCUUUGGCAUGCCAUAUUGCAUUGGAGACAACGUAAUGUGCAAUAUAAUGCGAAAAAUGAUCGAUUUUGGAGCGUAUACAUCAUUCGUACAGAAAAAGGUGGUGCAAGCGCAAUACUGGCAUGACCCGAUUAAUGAGGACCAAUACAAAAAUCGAUCAACUUUCCUAGCAGAUAUCAAUAAUGAGAAUAAGAUCAAAUCAGAAUAUAAAAAAAAUCUGCUCCAGAUAAAAAAUCUGGUAUUGGUGAAGUUUUCUGACGAUCACAUGGUGGUGCCAAGAGAGUCUUCGUGGUUUGGAUUUUACAAAACUGGAGAUAUUGAUACUAUUUUGUCAUUAAAUGAAACAGAUUUGUAUAAGGAGGAUCGAAUCGGUAUUCGAAAAUUGUAUGAAUCUGGAAGAUUGCACUUCGUUGAAGCGGAUGGCGACCAUUUGCAGUUAUCGCACGAAAAAUUUGUCGAAAUAAUUAACAAAUACUUAAAAUAA